CUAUCGAGACUGUUCCAUCCCUAUCGUGUUGUCGGUAAAAGUUGGCAAAUUUUUAGCGUUUUCCGCAAAAAAUUGAAUAAAACUGAGAAAGUACAGUUCUUGUCAUGUCUACGGAGGACUUUUACUUGCGAUACUAUGUCGGCCACAAGGGCAAGUUCGGGCACGAGUUCCUGGAGUUUGAGUUUCGGCCAGAUGGCAAGUUGCGGUACGCCAACAACUCAAACUACAAAAACGACACCAUGAUCCGCAAGGAGGCUUUUGUCCACCAGUCUGUGAUGGAGGAACUGAAGCGUAUUAUCAUCGAUUCGGAGAUUAUGCAGGAGGACGAUCUGCCGUGGCCGCCCCCAGACCGCGUGGGUCGCCAGGAACUGGAAAUUGUCAUUGGCGACGAGCACAUCUCUUUUACCACCUCGAAAACUGGGUCAUUGGUGGAUGUGAACCGUUCGAAGGACCCUGAGGGACUGCGCUGCUUCUACUAUUUGGUGCAGGAUCUCAAGUGUUUGGUCUUCUCCCUCAUUGGCCUGCAUUUCAAGAUCAAACCCAUAUAAGAAACGAUUCUAUCUUAAGUUAAAGCCUCAGUCAGCAGGAGACUCGUAUUUUGUAAUGGUCGAUUGAUAAUACUUGUACUUGUAUUAGCUGUAAUGUACAAAUUUCGUACGAUCAGGAUAACUAAAUGAAGUCUGUAUAAUGAAUAAUAAAGUCUACGAUCAAUAA